UGUUGUGUUUGUGUUAGUGAAAACAAAGAUGGCGAACGAACUGGACAGAGUGCGAAUCUCAGCUGCGGAACUCCGAGCUGAAGCGUCGAAUUCAGUCAAUAUUACUGACUGUCAGAAAGCGGAAGAGCAUCAGGAGCCUCACACACAGAAGCAACACAAGAGACGUGAAGGAAAGCAUCCCGAUCUGCAGCGCUACCAUCCGGUGCCUGGGCAUGGACGGCGUCACCGUGAAAGUGAGGAGGGAGAGACUGGUCAAAGUGAAGGCUGUGUUCCCCUGGCCUCUGAUUCACAUGUCUAUGAUCAAACAUCAAAAUCAAAAGAUGACAAUAAGAGUGUCUCUGAUACAGUUUUGGAGAGACAUGGGUGCACAGAUGGUGGGAUGAGUACCAACAAAAGGGAUGAAAACAGAAUGAGAGGUGAUGGUAGUAAUACUCAGAACUGUAGAAAGGACACCCACCCACAUGCUAAAACAGAAGUAAAUCAGGAUAAGGACUUUGUUGAAAAUGACAGAGAACAUCAGGAACCUUCUGGAGCUGCUAAGCCAACAAAGAAAGCCCGCAAACCAGACAGAGAAUUUUAUCAACCUGGGAGCCGGAGGAGCAUCCAGGGAAAGGACUGUGGAGUUGGAAGAGAGCAGGAUAAGCCUCCCCCGAGAAAGCAUGACCAGAAAAUUGAUCCAGAAUCCCAGUGUAGUACAGAGGAAAAGGAGAGGAAACAAAAAACAUGUAUACAAAAACAGGGAGGGAAAGACAAAGAUGUAAAAGGUAUUCAGGAAAAUGUAAAAUUGGCUAAAUCCAGUGAGACAAACAGAAAGCAAGGAAGCCGAGAUGUGGAAAAACCUCCAUUACCCUUGGAUGCUACAGUAGAGAAACUUACUAGCAAAGUAGAAAGACUCAGUGUCAAAGAAAAGGGCAAAGUGGGAGCUGAAGGCCAAGAUGAUGAAGAGGCAAGUUGCAGGAGUGGGGAAAAAACUGAUAAGGGGAGGAGAGGCCAAGGGGGUGGAACAAAAGAGGAGGAAGAAAAGGUGGAGAAGAAAAGGGAAAAGGGAAAUCGCAGGAGAAGAGGAGGGGAGAGGGAAAAAGAGAGGAAUCAGGACUCCAGAAGAGGAGAUGAUGAAGUAAGUGGUGGAGGAAAGAGUGACCGGGGAAAAGCUGAGAAGGAAAGAGACAAAAGAUCAUUAGAGGCCGAUAGAGAUAACAAACCAGGUAAGACAGGAGAGACACACCAAAGCAAAGGAAGAGAGAAUCGCAGAGAAAGAGAAAGCAGAAGAGGGGACAACAACAACAACAACCGGUCCAGAGAUGUUGAGAAAGAUGCUAAGACAGAAAGAAAUGUAGACAGAGCCGUAGAAAGAAGUGAUAGAAACAAAUCCAAUGCAAACAUCACAACACCAACCUCAAAGCGCUAUUCCAAAUCAGAUAUUCGACGCUCACGGAAUCGAACUUACAGCAGUAGCUCAGCCAGCAGUGUGACCAGCCUGGACGGUCCUGGACUAGGGAAGAAUGCAGAGGGCUCCAAAUGGUUACGCUUGGAGUCCAGGCACAAUAACAAAGAGGGGAUGGCUAAUAGCGGAGAGGGACGAAGGAGUCAUUUACAGAGCUGGACAACCAACGGGGAAUCAUCUACCGAAUCACUGGAAGGAAGUGAGAUGAGUGACAUAGUAGAGGACAGAAGGAGGAGAAGGGGAGGUGGGGAGGAAGAGCUGAGUGCAGAGAGGCGGAGGGAAGAAAGAAACAGACCAAAGGGAAACAAAGGUGGAGGUCGUGGAAUCCUAAGGGUUUCUCUUGAGAAACAGGCAGUUCCCUCGUCGCAUAGUGGAGAUGCACAACAUCGCAAACAAGGCUUGGUUCCUCGUGGCAGAGGUGGGGGUAUCCUGGUGCUUCCAGCCCGCACCGACAUCUCUAAUUCACCUGAGGUUGGGCAAAGGCUUUUUGGUGGAAUUAGGGGAGGAGCAGCCUGCAGGAGUAGAGGAGGCAGGGGAGGAGGAGUGAGACGACUUUGGGAUCCAAAUAACCCUGACCAGAAACCUGCUCUUACCCGCACCCAGUCCUCCCAGCAUUCAUCUCUCCAACAGCCUAUAUAUCUUCAGUCAGGCGCUGGAUAUGGACAACUUCACUUUCUGGACACUGACGACGAGGUAUCAGGCAGUCCUCCAGUCCCACAAGGUGAGCAUUUCCGAUCCCAGCAGGCUGCUGCCAUGGCCUACUACAAGUUCCAAAACUCUGACAACCCCUACUGCUAUCCAAUGGCCACCAGCAACCCACAUAAUCCCAGCACCACCACCAGCCAGCGCUAUACAUAUCCUUAUCACAUGGGGCCCUACCAAAUGGCUCCACCUAAUGGUGUGUACCCAGGCCCUGCUGUGGGUCAGUUCUGUGGUAGUUAUAGGGGCGCAGGUUAUUCCCAGCCAGGUGCAGGAGGUGGUUUGCCAUUUGAAGAGGUGGAGCAACAAGCAAGAGGGGAGCUGGGGAGGCUGCUGAGGGCUGCAGAUGCACAAGAGCUCCAGCUCAGUAACCUGCUGUCCAGGGACAGAGUGAGUGCAGAUGGACUGGAUCGCAUGGCCCAGCUCAGAGCUGACCUUUUGGGGCUAUAUGAGCAGGUCAUCCUGACAGACAUUGAACUGUCAGACUCUCAGAACGUGGAUCAGGCUUUGUGGAAGCAUGUCUUUUACCAAGUCAUAGAACGCUUCAGGCAGCUACUCAAAGACCCCACCUUUGACAACACCCCUCAUAUCAGGAACAUGCUGCUCACGCUGCUGGAUGAGGGAGCACUAUUCUUUGAUGCGCUGCUUCAGAAGCUGCAAACAGUAUACCAGUUUAAGCUAGAAGAUUACAUGGAUGGCAUGGCUAUCAGGGCUCGGCCAUUACGCAAAACGGUAAAGUAUGCACUAAUCAGUGCUCAGCGCUGUAUGAUUUGUCAAGGAGAUAUAGCACGUUACCGGGAACAAGCCAGUGACUCUGCCAACUACGGCAAGGCCCGCAGCUGGUACCUGAAAGCCCAGCAGAUUGCCCCCAAAAAUGGACGACCAUAUAAUCAGUUGGCUUUGCUGGCAGUCUAUACUAAGCGGAAGUUGGAUGCUGUGUAUUAUUACAUGCGCAGCUUGGCAGCCUCUAACCCCAUCCUGACUGCAAAGGAAAGCCUGAUGAGUCUGUUUGAGGAAGCUAAGCGCAAGACAGAGCAGCUGGAGCGACGGAGGAGACAGGAGUGUGAAGGAGGCUCCAGGGGUCCAGCAGUAAGGGGACGAGGAAGAGGGGAGGAGGGUGCACGUAUGGAGAUUUGGAUUCGCCCCAGCGGACAAGCAGCAACCCCAUCCUCACAGAGAGGAGGUAGUGAGUCCAGCAGAGAUUCUGAACAGGAUGGAGAGCUGAGCAGUCUCAGUGCUAGUGAUCUAAAUAAGAGGUUCAUUCUGAGUUUCCUGCAUGCACAUGGAAAGCUCUUCACUAAAGUGGGCAUGGAAUCCUUCCCUGGAGUGGCAAGCCGUGUUCUGCAGGAGUUCAGGACGCUGCUCCAGCAUGGUCCUUCUCUUCUGGGCAGCACACACAUGCUGCAGAUCAUCACCAUCAACAUGUUCACCAUACACAAUGCCCAGUGCAGAGGUGAAGAAGAAGAAGUGCGGUCUGUUUUACAAGAGCAAAGCACUGCUCUGGGUCUCGGCAUGUUUGCGCUAUUGGUGCAGCGCUGCACAGAGUUGCUCAGAGAUAUUCCUGCAGAACCAGUAUCCAUGGCGGAUGGAGAGGAGGAGGGUAAAGGGGAGGAGCUGGAGGGUAUGGUGAAGGUCUCUGCCUUCCCAUUGGACCUUAGAGAACUACUCCCAAGCAUCAAGGUCUGGUCUGACUGGAUGUUGGGACACCCAGACCAGUGGAACCCACCACCCUGCAAUAUAGAUUGCAGCCCUGACGUUUGGCAGUGCCUGGCUGACCUGUGUAACGUCCUGGCACGUGUGGACCAUGGGGAGGUGCCGCUGUACAAAGUCGACAGUGAUGAAGUCGAGGGAGACGAGGAGUUGACUGUACUGCAGUUGAAGGAGGACAGGCUGCUGGCUGGCUUUGUGCCACUGCUUGCUGCACCCCAGGAGCCCUGUUACAUUGACAAACACACUGACAUGGCAAUAGCAGCAGACUGUAAGAGAGUGACAGUGCUGAAGUACUUUCUGGAGGCUUUGUGUGGACAGGAAGAGCCUCUGCUGGCGUUCAAAGGAGGCAAAUACAUCUCCGUGGCAACUUCUCCUCCAUCUAACCACUCAAUGGAUACAAGGAGCAGGCAGGAUUCUCUAACAGAGAAAGAGGCUGAUGAUGUCAUCGUCGAGGCAGAGUCAUCACUCUCCACAUCCGAAGGAGAGGAGGAUGUCGAGGAGGCAGGAGACAGUGAGAAUGAUAUCAGACAGCUGAAGGCGCGACGCCACGCCCUCGCCAACAAACUGGCACAACAGCAGAAACGCAGGGAUAAAAUACAGGCGGUGCUGCAGACAGGCGGACAGUUGGAGCUGGAAGUGAGGCCGCUCUUUUUGGUUCCAGAUACCAACGGAUUCAUUGAUCAUUUGGGCGGACUGAAGAAGCUCCUCCAAUGUGGAACAUACAUAAUAGUUGUGCCACUCAUCGUGAUUACAGAGUUAGAUGGCUUGGCUAAAGGCCAGGACAACUUUGGUGGAGGACUGGGGUCAGGAGGCCGCAGCACAGGUAGUCGCAGCAACUACAAUGUUAGUGCAGCCCAUGUGCGGGCCGUGCAGGAGAAGGCCCGGUUGGCAGUGGUUUUCCUAGAGAAAGGGUUUGAAUCCAGGGAACCGUGCCUCAGAGCCCUUACAAGCAGAGGAAAUCAGCUGGAGUCUAUUGCCUUCCGCAGCGAAGACACGUCUGGACAACAGGGUAAUAAUGACGAUGUGAUCCUGUCCUGCUGUCUCCACUAUUGCAAAGACAAGGCAAAAGACUUCAUGCCUGAUCAGAGAAAUGGGACAGUGAGGCUGCAAAGAGAGGUGGUACUCCUUACAGAUGACCGUAACCUACGUGUCAAAGCUUUGACACACAACGUCCCAGUCCGAGACAUCCCUGCUUUCCUCAGCUGGGCCAAAGUGGGCUGAACCAGGCUAAGCUGAAAUCAAAGGAACCCAACUGCUGAAGCCUGCUUGCCACUCAGCCAGGAGAGAAGACACACUUAUGCAGAGGAAGAGGAGGAGGAGAAAACAGGGGAGAGGAAAUGAUAAAGCGAAAAACCACUUCUUAUGAAAUAUGAGCAAAAGUGGUGAGAGCAGAGUGGUUUUAGUGAGCUUUUUUCCCCCCUCUUGUGAUGGAGUGUGUGUGUGAAUGUGUGUGUUAAGAUCAGUGAGCUUCCCCAGAAAGAGACAGGGAGACUUGAUAAGUCUCAGGAAGGCUGGACUGGAAGGGACGAAGGAUGGAUGGAGUGAGUAAAAAUGGAGUGAUUUGAUUUGAAUUGUCUGGUCCAGCCUUGAGCCUCUGCGCCUAGUUAGUGAGUGCACUCUGCAAGCAGUAUUAAAAUUUGAGGCUGAUGAUAGAAUGAGCCAGAGAGAGGAAGAGUGUUUAUGGUCAUCUAAUUGAUUAAAGACAGCUGUAAUGAAUGCCACAACUGGCACUUCCACACUUCUCUGAGGGCCCAGUCCCAGUUACAGACUGCUGUGGCCUCUACAGCAGAGCUGAGAGAACGGUAGGCGGAGAGAAGCACAGCUGGAGGAUCUGUGUCAGUAGUGGCUGACUGUAGCGAGGGAUACCAAGAGCCCUCAUGCAACAUCAGUGCCUCCAGUCAAUCAUAUGCAGGUAUUGUAUUUCCUGAAAACCCAGGAAGUGCUUGAUACCUGUUUGCUAACUUGGGUUGUUCCUCCAGCUUGAUGCAAGCAUUAAGUUUGGAUAUUGUAAGAAACUGAUUUUUUUUAAAAAUCAACAUCUCUAAAACAUUGGAUUUUUUUUUUCUAUUAUUUUGUUUGUAUUUGUUUUUGAGCUCAUGCAUAAAAGGUUUUCUUUCCAUCCUGAAGGCCAUUUCUCAUAUAUAUUGUAGACUCUAAUUCCAAGUAUCUGCCAGGUUUUCCCAAUAACAAGAUGAACCAUAAUUUACUGAAGACAUCCCACGUUACAUUUUGAGUUUGAAUCAGAUCUGGGUGCAAAUAUACCAGCAAUUUUUUUGUUGUUGUUGUUUUUGAGCAGUGUAACAACAAAUGCCAAUAUACCAGGAUGACUCAGUCAGUUUGUGGAGAGUUUUCAGUUUCAGGAAAUUAUUUUACAAUGACUAACUUUCAUGGGAUUGUUGUCUUAUAGGAGAAAUUCCACCCAGCUGCCAUUUUAAACAAAAUUUUGCAGAUACUGUUUGACUCAGGUCUGCCUUUGGACAGCCACUUUGUUAGGAGAAGGUUUAGUUCUUCAUAGUGACUUUGCAGAUACUUUAUCAAUUUCUGCUGGUGAAUAAUUCACUUAAUUUUCUAUUCAUCUUUACACUUGCAUAUCAGUCUUUUUGUGCUUUUCAGUUCAUACCACCGCAGCAGUUUACCUUUUUAUUUUAUUUUUUUAAAUCACUAAUACCUGUUUUCUUCUCAAGAGUUUGAAUUUGUCUUUUUUUCCCCACAUAUUCACGGUCACAUAUUCACAUUUCUUUCUUUGAAAUAAAAUGUAUGUAAUAUAACUUCACAAAUUACAGCCUGUAAAAUUACCAUUGAGUUCAAGCAACACCUCACAGACACAUUGUCAACAAACAUUUAACACAGAUGGUAUUUGUGUGUGUGUUUGCUUGUUCUACAUUGCUUUGUGGUAGUUUCAGGAAAUUCUGAGUCAUGUCAGAAGUGUAUGUUUCUGUGUGCACCUGAAACAGCUGGCUGCUCAAUAUAGUCAUCUGUUAAGUCACAUUCAUCAUUCACAGUUUGAUCAUAGGGAUUUAAAAGAAUACUGUAUGUAGAUGUUGCUACUCUACUUUCUAUUUGUUCUGUACCUUUUCAGCUUGUACGACUCUCACCAGCAGUUGAUGUUUCUGUAUUUGUGUAAACCGUCAGACAGGUUUAUUAUUGAGUUUUUGUUUCAUUUUUCAGCCUGUGUUGGUGCUUCUGUAGCGUUCAGUGCAAUCUACUGUGUUAUGUGGCGCUGCUGCAGUGUUUUAAUGUCAGGGCAAAUGUAGUGAAUACAUAAUCAACUUUAUACAAAUGACUUUUUCAUUGUCCAUCAUUAAAAAUGUUUUGAAGGCA